AUGAGUAAUAGUCUGGCCCCCAGCAAAAGCACCGUCUAUGUUGCCAACCUACCUUUCUCCCUAACUAACAACGAUCUUCACAAAAUUUUUGAAAAAUAUGGCAAAGUUGCUAAGAUAACAAUCCAGAAAGACAAAGAAACUUGGAAGAGUCGAGGCAUUGCUUUUGUGUUGUAUGUUGAGAGGUCCAGUGCCCAAAAAUGUGUCGAAGAAUACAAUAAUACCCAGCUUGGGGGCCGAACGAUAAAAUGCAGCAUAGCGAAAGAUAAUGGAAGGACCACCGAAUUCAUCAAAAAAAAAGUAUACAAAGAUAAAUCACGGUGCUAUGAGUGUGGUGAAGAAGGUCAUUUGAGUUAUGACUGCCAAAAAAAUAUUUUAGGCCCUAGACAACCUCCUGCAAAAAAGCCAAGAAAGAAAAAAUUAAAGAGGUCAGUUGUUUAUUCGUUGGUCUAUUAUUAUUGUUAA